AUGGGCUCUAUCGAAGAUAUCCAGAGAUUGUCUCUCAACGGCAGUGCUAAUGGCACCAAUGGCACGCACAUCAAAGAGCUCGACGCCCUGAUAGUUGGCGCAGGUUUCUGCGGUGUAUACCAGCUGAAGACACUCCGCGACGCAGGCUAUAACGUCAAGCUCGUCGAACACGGAUCCGAUUACGGCGGUGUAUGGUACUGGAAUCGGUAUCCAGGCGUUCGUGUCGACAGCUCCAUUCCCCACUACGAGUUCUCCGACCCAGCGCUCUGGAAGGAUUGGACAUGGAAGCAGAGGUUCCCAGAAGGCUCGGAGCUUCGCGCUUACUUUGCUCACGUGGCAAAGGUAUGGGAUCUGAGGAAGGAUACCAAGUUUGACACGUUCGUUUCAUCUGCGACAUGGAGUGAUAACGAAGCGAAAUGGACCGUGAAGACGAAGGCAGGCGAGAUGUACAAGGUGAAGUUUCUGUUGCUGAACACUGGCUUCGCGGCCAAGCGGCACAUUCCCGAUUGGAAAGGCAUCGAUUGUUUUAAAGGCACCUUCCUCCAUCCCUCAUUUUGGCCUCUUGAGGAACCCGAUCUCCGCGGCAAGAAGGUGGCUGUUAUUGGAACAGGCGCUACUGGUAUUCAGAUAGCGCAGGAGCUGAGUAAGACUGCCAGCCAGCUCACCGUCUUCCAACGGACACUAAACAUGUCAAUGCCAAUGCGUCAAGUCGACUACGACCUUCCGCAACAGGCCCUUCCCAAGCUUGAGUAUCCGGACUUCUUCGGGGGGUUGAAAACCCGCUUCUCAGGCUUCUCGUUUGAGUUCAUCCCCCGCUCUACAUUCGACGAUACGCCAGAACAGAGAAUGAAGGUUUACGAAGACUUGUGGAACGAAGGCGAUUUCAAGUUCUGGCUUGCGGCUUAUCAAGACAUGCUCUUUAGCAAAGAAGCCAACCGCGAAGCAUACAACUUUUGGCGGGACAAGACGCGAACGAAAAUCAGUGACAACAAAGUCGCCGAUAUACUCGCUCCCAGGGAGCAACCCUAUUCCUUCGGUUGCAAACGUAUCGCGCUAGAGAAUGGAUACUUCGAGAUGUACAACAAGCCCAACGUCUCUCUUGUUAACAUCAGCGAGAAGGGUACGCCGAUCCAGGAAAUCACGGAGAAAGGUAUCAGGACCGCCGAGAAAGAACACAAGUUCGACUACAUCAUCAGCGCGACCGGAUAUAACGCCAUCACCAGCGGUCUAAAACAGAUCGAUAUCCGCGGUCCAUCAGGCGAGAGCCUAAGCGAGCACUAG